GUGCAGUUCGGGAGGCGGUAUCAUUGUGGUGGCAGCGACACUCGGAGACUCCCGACAAAAUUGUUUUAAAAAAGUGUCAGAAAACGAACCAUGGAGGAGCUGGACCUGAGUCUGAGUGAUGCUCUGACGGACAGCGUCCCCCGGGAGGGUCCAGAGGGCCUGGUGGGGAGAGACUUCGUGGCCCAGCUGGAGUCCGAGGCCUUCGUUGACCAGGUGGGCGAAACGGUGGGCAAGACAGACUACAUCCUCCUGAUGGACAAUGAUGGGACCAGGGCAGGUUCUAAUGUGACACCGGGGGGACAGAUAUCAGCUUCGCGCCCAGAACCACAGGGGGAAGUGCGUCCCAAAUCGGCAGAGCACCAGGUCUUUGCAGCAACAGAUUUCCUCUCAGGCUCCAUGGCGGGCGUCCCUGAUCAGUGGAGCUCCCAGCCCAACAUCCCGCCCCAGAUGAUGGAUAGUGGACUGAUAAGAGAUUCCUCAGGUUUCUCCCAGCAUGUCAUGGGGGUGAAUAUGGACAUGGGGAUGGCUCUACUGUCAGUAGAGAGGCCUCCCAGCAUCGCUGAGCACCAGACGCCCAAGGACAUGUCUACAGGUGCCCUGGACGAUGGCUGGACAGACAAGGUUUGCAUUCCCACCGACCUGCCGUUCACCCCAAGCUUCUCCACAAUGAUCAGUCACCAUGCAAGCCACCUGGCGGCCAGCCCCGAGGACCUUCCUGACUGUGGCUGGCCCCACCAAGAGGCCUUGGCCAUGGGGGAGGAGAUGGAGAGCAACGAGGGAAAUGACUACAAACAACAACAACAGCAGAAGAAGAAGAAGAAGAGGAGGCCCCGAGACGAGGUGUACGACAGGGGCCAACCGGAGACUGAGAACACAAUCCCGUCAGAGGGCCACCACGGGGUCACCCCCCGCAAGGACAGGAUGGUGGGGGGCUGGGAGCGGGAGGAGCCAGAGAGGAGUGGAGGCAGGGGAAAGAGGGGCAAGAGCAGGAAGAAGCUUCCAGAAGAGUGGGGGUUUACAGCUGAGCCCUUCGUGCCCUCCUCUGCCGCUCACCUCCCUGAGGGGGUGUUAGACCAACUAGCGCCCCCCAUCGUCCACCCCCGGCGCCUGGAGAACCCCUGCUCUAGCAUGGGUGACAUGGGGCUGAUCCCUGCCAGUGAAGACCUCUUCCCUUCAUCUCUCACCCAGAAUCUACUCCCUCUCAUGGCCACAACCUCCCCUCCACCUGCCAUGGGCUGCGAUCUCCUGCCUACCACCCCCGUCUCCAUCCCCACCAGUCAGGGAGACUUCUCGCCCAGAGGCUCCUUCCCCACCAGUCAGGGAGACUUCUCGCCCAGAGGCUCCAUCCCCACCAGUCAGGGAAACUUCUCGCCCAGAGGCUCCAUCCCCACCAGUCAGGGAGACUUCUCGCCCAGAGGCUCCAUCCCCACCAGUCAGGGAGACUUCUCGCCCAGAGGCUCCUUCCCCACCAGUCAGGGAGACUUCUCGCCCAGAGGCUCCAUCCCCACCAGUCAGGGAGACUUCUCGCCCAGAGGCUCCUUCCCCACGUGUCCUGGAGACCCAUUCACCGCCAGGUACCAAGACCUGCUUAUGGAUACCGAGACUGCCAGCCUGGGUAAUGACAAAGAGGCUUUCUCCCCAAAGUUUUCCCUAGAUUCCCUAGUUCAUGAGUCAGGGGUCAAAGUGAUGUUUGAUCAUGACACCUCAAUGCAGGAUGUCCAUAUUGAAGAUGCCGUGAGUUUUAGCCCCACCCACCAACCAGAUAGUGGCCUAUCACCAUUGGAGAAGCCUAGUGAGCUCACAGCGACCGCACCCCCUUUCUCCCCCUCCGACAGCUCCUGGCUCAUCAACGACUACCACUUCAACAACAACUGCUUUGAGUUCAGUGAUAUCACUCCAGGGCACUCCCUACCUGUGGGCCUGGCCUUCGACACACCCAGCCCAGUCCCGCUCCGCUCCCCCAAAACCGUGCCUGAAUUCUACCCCAGGGGGGGCAAAAAGGCCAAAUCCCCAUCACAGAAGAUACCCAAGAAGUCCUGCUCCUCCUCCUCCUCUUCCACCAAAAGCCCCACCUCACCAGGUUCCAGUCUGAACCCCACCGCCCAGUCCUCCUCCUCCUCUUCCACCAAAAGCCCCACCUCACCAGGUUCCAGUCUGAACCCCACCGCCCAGUCCUUCUUCCCCUGCUUCGCCAACCCCACAGAGCCCCACACCGUGGUGGUGACCCCAAUGUCUGAAGUAAAAUCCAAUAAGAUGGACAAACCAGAGAAAGAGGAGAAGAUGGACAACUUCGAGAAGUUGGACCAAUUUAAGAUGCUCGAUAAACUAGACAAAGUGGAGAAGAAGGAUACGACUGCGAAGACUGAAGCGUCAGUGAAGGUGGAGUACGCAGUCCCACUGGACAAAGAAGAGAAGAUAGAUAAAAUGGACAGGGCAGAGAAAACAGAAAGGCUGGAGCCAACAGAUAAGGCAGAAAACACAGAUGAAGAAGACAAAUCAGAGAAGAUGGAUAAAAUGGACAAGAAGACUGACAAGGUAGAGAAGAUGGAUAUGGUGCAAAAGACAGAAAAAGAAGAAAAAACUGAGAAGAUGGAUAAGGAUGAGCAGACUGACAAGGUAGAGAAGAUGGAAAUGGUGCAAAAGACCGAAAAAGAAGAAAAAACUGAGAAGAUGGAUGGGGAUGAGAAGACUGACAAGGUAGAGAAGAUGGAUAAGGUGGAAACACCUGAGAAGACAGAGCAGAAAGAACAGAGUAUUGAAAAAGUGGAGAAGACUCCAGAAAAACAGGAGACAUCGGUGAAGUCGAACACAUUUGACAAGAUGGAAACACAGUCUGACAAGGAGAAGACAGCCCAUGUUGGAAAGGUAACAGUAACAGCUGAGAAACAAACAGACAGAGCAGAGAAGCCCACAGACAAAGUGGAGGAGGAGAAGACAGGGAAAACAGACAGGGUGUGGGAGGAGGAGAAGAAGAAGAAGACAGAGAAAACAGACAAGGUGGAGGAGGAGAAGAAGACAGAGAAAACAGACAAGGUGGGGGAGGAGGAGGAGAAGAAGACAGAGAAAACAGACAAGAUAACAGACAGGGUGGAGGAGGAGAAGAAGACAGAGAAUACAGACAAGAAAACAGACAAGGUGGAGGAGGAGGAGAAGAAGAAAAAGACAGAGAAAACAGACAAGGUGGAGGAGGAGAAGAAGACAGAGAAAACAGACAAGGCGAAGGAUGAGAAAUCAGAGAAAAAAGAGCUUAAAAGUCCUGAGAGGAAAACGGACAAGAUAGCAGAGACAGCUGAUAAGGCCAAAAAAACUGCAAGUAAACCUUCAACCAAUGGGAGCGGUGCUGCACCAAGCCGGGACCUGCCAAGUCCAGACAAGAAGACCAAGCCUGUUGCUGGGGCAACCAAACCGAGCGCUGCUAAGCCGCGGCCGAGCUCGGCAGCAUCCGUCAGUGCUGCCGCCCCCAAACGCCCCACCCAUUCCUACACCUCAGCCACACUCAGCAAAAAAACGCCCAUGCCCAAGGCCCCCACCACUGCCCACAAGCGACCCUUGUCCGCAGCCAACCUCUCCACAUCUGCCGCCGCCACCUCCACCCCUGCGCCCCGUGAGGUCAAGUCUAAGACCACAGAGAGACGUCCUCUAGUACCAAAGGCGACCACCACCUCCACGGCUCCAAAUGCUGCCCCCAAAAACGUCUCUGCUACCACGGCAACCAGUAAACCAGCCAUGGCGCCCCGCACCACCACAAGCACACCCCCAACCAGACGCCCCCUGGCAUCAAAGACUGACAGCAAGCCAGGAGAAGAAAUAAAGCCCAGCACUCUGAAGUCAACAACAGCUGACUCCACCCGGCCCCGGACCAGCACCAAUGCCACCCCCCGUGUCCGCCCCACCACCACCAAACCAGCCCCCACCUCCUCCACAGUACCAGAGAAGAAGCCCCCUGGGCCCCGUCCCCCCCGUCCCACCUCUAACACCACCUGGGGCAAUGUCAGUGCCUCGGGGACCACCUCCCACCCAAGCACAGCCCCCGCACCUGACAUCCGCAACGUGCGCUCCAAGAUCGGCUCCACGGACAACAUGAAGUACCAGCCCGGAGGGGGGAAGGUCUCUGGCAGGAGCGACGCCCUGGGCCAAGGCUCCUCCUCCAAAGAGACCAGACAGGCCAAAGUUCAGAUAGUCACCAAAAAGCUGGACUUCAGCCACGUCACCUCACGCUUGGGUUCCAAGGACAAUAUCAAGCAUGUUCCUGGUGGAGGGAAGGUUCAGAUACUCAACAAAAAGGUGGACUUAAGCAAAGUGACAUCAAAGUGUGGCUCCAAGGCCAACAUCAAACACAAGCCUGGGGGCGGCGAUGUGAAGAUCGAGUCCCAGAAAGUGAACUUCAAGGAUAAGGCUAAAUCCAAAGUGGGUUCAAUGGACAACCUGUGUCACGGGCCCGGCGGUGGCAACAUCGAGGCUGAGGGGGCCCAGGAGAUAGCAGAGGGGAAUGAGGUUCCCCCCAGUGAUACCCCAGUUCCAGCCACGGUGCCAGGACAGGCAAGCAGCCCCUCCCGGGAGAAUGGGGUAAAGGAGGAUGCCCCCUGCCAGGACCUCCAUGACCCCCAGGGCCUGGACUCAAUCAUCCCUGAGACAAAUUGAGUCUUUCAAGCUCAACUUCUGCUAGAAAGCCUGCUCUCGCACGGAUCACGGCGCCGACAUCAUAACCUGGCCAGCCCCAGACAACAGCCCCUCACACCUGCAACCCAGUGUCUCUCUCAAUGACUUCCUGGCCUCUGCCGGCUACCCCCAGCCCCUUCCCUCUUCCCCCCGCUAGGGCAUGGGGCAACGGCACACUAGCAGGACUCGGAUCAUGACCCUCAACCCCACACCCCAGUUCCAAACACCUCACCCUUCCUAUGAUCUAAUUCAUGUAUCAUGUUAUUACGCCUACCCUGCGCUACCUACCUACCGCUGUCCUGUUCCCAUUGGCUGAGCUGACAUUGUACAUACAGUAGACCAAGCUUCAGGCAGGGUGGGAUAUCAAUGGGAGGGUAACGGAGGCUUGCCAUGUUCUCUCUGAUUUGUCUGGUUGUGCUAAUCUUGUAUUAAUGUGCUCGGAGGACUUUCCUAGGAUCAUGGCUUUCCGUUGGUCCCUCUGAUCAGGUGAUGGGAGGGGCGAUGGGCUGUGUUGUAUAUGAACCUUUUCCUUCCUGGCUUUCUGACAACAGCGCUCAUUUUAGAUCAUGUUUCCUGGUCUCUACAAGAGCAGAACAUGGCAGUCACAGUAGCAGACGCCAGUCAUGUCCAGUAUUACAGUACGUACUAGUGCCGUUUUAGUGAGAGCGUAAUCUACCAGGCAACAGCGGCCUUGAACAAACCUGUUUGCUUCGUACAGACACCCCCAUAGACACUACCCAAUGGGAAACCCUCCUAGACUCACCUGUGGGUUACGUACGGAGAGUAAUAUGUGUGUAGCACCCCUUUACUUGUGAGCAUGUAGGGCUGCCGUGUGUUCCCAAUAACCAUUAAUUAUUCACUCAGUAUUCACUAACCAUCAAUUCACUCACUGGUUCACCUCCCUCCUCUCUUCACUGUCCAUCAUCAGUGCAUUUGAAACUAGUAGACUGUUUGAACAGUAGGCUAUUUAACUCUCUUUAAUCUAUGUGUUUGUGAUGGUGUGUUUGAGUGAAUUCUGCUGUAACAAUGAGCUGUGGUGUUCUGUUCCGUUUAUUCUCUCUCUCUCUCUCUCUCUCUCUCUCUCUCCUUUGGUUUAUUUUCCUCAUCUGUUUUGGUAGAAGGUUUUUCUCAUCGUUUCCUUCUUUAUUAGUAUUCUUUCUCGUACAAGCAAUACGCUGGAUGGUCUAUUUACCGUUAGGACUCAGAGAGCUUCUUGAAUACACGCAAACAUUUUUUUUCUUUUUUUUUUCUUGAAACAAAGGCACACAGUCAUGAGGACGCAACUCUGUUUAGGGCUUUGAGACCGAGGAAGCAUGUUGGGAAUGUGAGGAGGGAGAUAAAGACGGAUAAGAACAGAGAGACAACGAACACUGAGGCGUAGUGAAAGACGUGUCCACUUCAGUGUGUUAAAACCACAAUGUGAUGGCAGUGGAACAUUCCAUGUUCAAAACAGUUUGCGUAUAUAAUAUGUACAAACUGUUCUGAACGUUGAAUGUUCCACUGUCAGAAUAGUAGUCUGGGAAAGUUGAAGAAAGUAGAGUUUGGAAGCUUUUAUUUUGAAUACAGUACAAGGGACUUGUGUGAAGAUUAGUUAUUUGAAGGGAAGGGUGUUGGAAAUUGGUGGAGCUGUGUGUCUUGUACGUGCCUCCUGUCCUGUUUACCUGAAACUGGGAUGGAACUCGGGCUGGAAGCUCAAGCUGAUGGGCCCUUGUCCCUGGAGAGUAACAGACCCGUCAAGCCGCCUGGUGGCUCUGUAGUCUGAUUAGGAUUUACAAUAAUUCUAUUUUGUAACUAAUCCUUGUUGUUGUUCCAUUUCAGCUCUUUUCUGAGGGUUCUGGCCAGAUGUUUUUUGACAGUUAUAAGUGGACUAGCUAAAGGACUUCUCUUGUCAGGCUAUUGGCAGUGGAACAUUCGAUGUGGCUUAUUGUACAUGUAGUAAUGUAUCCAACGAUUGCCUCCAAUUGCUUUAUUUUAGUGCAUGGCAAGGUAAUAUCAUGCCCAGAGCAGAAAGCCUAUGUGCAUUAAGACUUGCAGUGUUGUGGUUCAGUAUAUUUGUCCUUGGGGGCAAAUCAUAGUCAGUGGUUUAUCUUUCCUUAUUAUUGCGUUCUUUGCUUUAGACAGUGGGCAGGAAGAGAGUCAGGGGCAGGAAGAGAGUCAGAGGCAGGAAGAGAGUCAGAGGCUGUCAUUUUGCCUGAAAAUUCUAUUGCGGUUUGGUAUAUAAAUCAGCUAUACGUUCAUCGGGUUUAUUUGUGUUGUACUCAAAAUGAGGACAGUACAUCAAGUAAUGUUUUUGAGUAAUGAUCUGUUUUUUCCCCCACGCCCCGCUAAUUCAAAUGUAGACCUCCUAAAAGUAGCACCAACACUCCAAUAUGUGCAAGAAUAAUACAACUGACAUUUUUUAUAUCCUCUUAAAUCAGAGGUAUGGAAACUAUUAAAAGCACCUUAAAGGCUUGAAUAUAUCAAAGAGGGUUCACCGUGAUGGAAAUGUGUAUUUGAUUGAAGGUAGAGCUAUCCCUGGAUAUGUCUGCAAUGCAUAGGGGCCACUUAACCAACACUGUUAAGGAGCUUAGCACACUCCUGUACAGCAUAGAACUGUGUUUCAUCUUGAUGGCCUCCCAUUUUGCUCCUAGGACCACCAUGAAAUAUUGUUUGAGGGUAACAAUCUUUUGAGAUGUGUGGAAUAAUCCCCAGAGCCAAAUGUUUUAAGAAAAUAGAUUUAUCAACAAUAUUUUAUUUUGAAAUUCUCUAGGUUUGUAGAUAUUGAUAUUUGAGAGGUUUGUCGUGCAUCAGAGGAGCGCCUGCUGAGGUGGCUCGUAGUAUGGCCUCUGGUGCCAUGUUCCUCUUCUGAUGGGGACAUGUCCUCCUUGUGCCUGUCCACAACCACUUUUACUAUCACUUUCACCCCUGGUCUUCAUGUUCUCUUUGAAAUUUCACACGUUUUUUUUUUUGAAAUAUAGAUUUUGACUGUUUAUACACUAUUUCGCCACAGCAACAACAACAAUAUGAAAACAACAAUUGUAUGUGUGGGGGGAGUGUAAUAAGGAUGUUAAGUAUAGCUUUUAUGUUCAUCUACCUUUAACAGAUUUAAUGGUAAUGAGUAAUAUUAAUUAUUAUUAUUAUUGAGCAAGUCUAACUUUUUUCCAAGAAAAGGGCUGCUAAAGUAAAAGAAUGUUCUGGAGAUUUAGUGUACUAAAGAAACAACACUUUUUCUAUGUGUAUUUAUCUUGUGUAUUUAUCUUGUGUUCCCAUUGGUGCGUGGUGGUUGGGGGAGUGUUAGAGGGCUUAUGGAAGGCAUAGUGGGGUCUGGUCCAGUUUGUGCAUUGCUGUCUAUUGAACAGCCUUUCUUUCACAAAUUGUAAGAGUUUUGUUAACUUUCACAUAACCUUUGUCCAUCCCCACAACCCCAGUCUUAAGAAAUUGAAAUACUGUUAUUUACAGGAAGACCUUUUUAGAUGUGAUUUUGACAUUGUAGGAUACAGUGGACGACCUCGCGUUGAUUUGAAAACAAGAUACAUGUAACACGAAAGGGAUUGAAACUAAUAUGUAUGAAUUUCACUGUAUAACAUACAAAAUGGGUGGAAGAGGGAUUAGAAAUCAGAGUUUGUAUCGGGUCAUUUAGUAACAUUGUUCUGCCCUGGAGUAUCAUGGAAAGCUCCACGUCCUAACACACCUUUGUGUAAGACUAACAGCAGCUGUCAGGUUUGGCUUGUGUUAUACUUAAGAGUUCUCCAGUGAUGCAACAAUGAGCUCCAUAGAUCUGCUUCUAGCUGUUAGCUCACACAAAGUGUACUGAUAGAAAACACCUACUCAAGAGCAGAAACCAUUGGGAUGUGUUAGGAUGACUUAUGUCAAUUUAUUUUUGUUUUGAUUUUUGUUUUUUUCCUUCAUUUAGAAUUUAUUUUUGGGGGUUUUGAAAGAAGUGUUUGUUGUGGUUAAUUGUUCAUUAGUGAUGUGAUUAUUACAAAUGUAAUAAAAUACAAAUGUUUAA